CAGCAGGCUAGGCUGUGCUCCCCUCCCUUCUACUGUACAAGCAUGUGAUGUCAUUGAGAGGUCACUGCGAUCACUGGAUGCUACAUACCAUUUGACUUCUGAGCAAGGACAUAGACGAGCACAAUGCCUGAAGACCUUCCUUUCAACAUUAACAUCAAGGAACCUCGAUGGGAUCAGGGCACGUUCGAAGGGAGAGCCAGACACUUCUUCAUGGUAACAGAUCCUCGUAAUAUUCUGCUUGGACCCAAAGUUCUUGAUGAAGCAAAGAACAUUAUUGAAAAUUACAGAAAUGGAGUUCGAACGCCAGGCCUUACUGAAGACCAGCUAUGGAAAGCAAAAUACAUCUAUGAUUCCGCAUUCCACCCGGAUACAGGAGAGAAGAUGGUCUUGAUAGGACGGAUGUCGGCACAGGUGCCCAUGAACAUGACAAUCACAGGCUGCAUGCUGACAUUUUACAGAACAACCCCUGCUGUUGUGUUUUGGCAGUGGAUCAAUCAGUCUUUUAACGCCAUUGUUAAUUACACCAACAGAAGUGGGGACGCUCCUAUCACCAACAGCCAACUGGGAACAGCCUACGUUAGUGCAACCACCGGGGCAGUCGUCACUGCUCUGGGACUCAAGUCAUUGACCAAGCGCCUUCCCUCAUUAAUCGGGCGCUUUGUGCCUUUUGGUGCUGUAGCUGCGGCUAACUGCAUCAACAUCCCCCUUAUGAGACAAAGAGAAUUGAAGUUUGGGAUCCCCAUUACAGAUGAGAAUGGAAACAGACUGGGAGAGUCUACAAAAGCUGCUCAGCAGGCCAUUGCCCAGGUGGUGGUAUCUAGGAUUGGCAUGGCAGCUCCGGCUAUGGCAAUCCCCCCAGUGAUAAUGAACAUAUUGGAGAAGAGAGCAUUUCUUAAGCGCUACCCCUGGAUGAACGCACCACUACAAGUUGGCCUAGUUGGAUUUUGUCUGGUGUUUGCAACUCCUUUGUGUUGUGCACUUUUCCCUCAAAAGAGCUCUAUGAAAGUAUCCAGUUUGGAGCCGGAGGUCCGCGAUCACAUCCUAGCAAAGAGCCCCGGUACAGAGCUUGUAUAUUUUAACAAAGGACUCUAGACAUGGGCCAUAUAGUGUCUCCAUACUGAGCAGACCCUAUAGGAAACGUUUGUGUCUACAAUACACUCUACAAGCUGCUACUAUACAUUGUAUUCCUCCAUGAGGGUAUUUCCAGCCUUCUCAGGUAUAACCAGACACAGUGUAAUGUUCUGUGAGGUUUGUGAUUGGGUGUUUUCCUGGUAAAUUGAAUACAUUCCAGUUAGAAGUGACAUUUCCCAGGACUGAUUUCAUAGGUUAUACUAGGCCUUUGAGAACUGAAAACAAAAAUAGGCCUAAUUCAUAUUCAUAUUCAGGCAGAUUUAUGAAAAUUGUCCUAAGAAAUAUUUUAUUUGCUGCUCAUAGCAACUAGGGAUGAGCGAAUUGACUUCGGAUGAAACAUCCGAAGUCGA